ACCGUUCGUUUCCCGACAGACGCGCACACACACAGACUCACUCCGUUCUCCAAUGGCGCUGCCGAUUUCGUCGCUGAGUUAUCGCACGGUCCCUCUGACGGACACGAAUCCCUUGCUUGGCCGUAUUGGAUCCGCUUGGAGAAUUCAUCUUCCUCCUGGGAAGAAUCGCAGCGAUCGGAGGCGGAUGCUUUCGGUCACUGCCGCUCUCAUCACCGAGCCGGAUGCUUUCGAGGUCGGGAGGUUCGUCGGAAGCUACGGAUUCAUGAACAUCACCAGCUACUCUUCAUUUCAAGGAGGGUUUCCUAAUGCUAAUUCAUACGAAGUUCCUGGGUAUUUCCCCCAAGACAUCGAUCGUCUGAGGGUUCAAGAUAUUGGCGAGGGUCAAGUGAAAAUAAGGCUUUACGAGGGAAGAAUAAUUCAAGGUCCAUUAAGUGGGACUCGAAUUAUUUUUAAGGUAUAUCCUGGACGACGAACUGGUGGUGUAGAAGCUGAUAUUAUGGCUACUAAUGAGCUAAGUACCUAUGUUUUUCUCCAGAACAAUCCGGAUCACAUUUGUCCUAAUCUUCAGCUUUUGCUAGGUGGUUUUGAGACCAAAACUGGGGAGCAGUGGCUUGCUUUCAGAAAUGAUGGGAAAUAUAGUGCUGCUGAUUACUGCAUGCGUACGAGUCAAAAAAGUUCAGAGGAAAAUGCCAGAGGGAAGUUUUUUGGGAAUCCUUUCAAUAAGGAGGAAAAGAUUAACCAGAGAAGAUUUUUUAUAAUCAAACUGCUAAACGGGGCUAUCAAUGGCCUGGCUUACCUGCACAAUCACGAUAGAUUGCAUCAGAGUCUUGGUCCUUCUUCUGUUGUCUUAAACACCAUCAUGGAGAAGAAUGUGGCAUAUUUGGUGCCAAGGCUCCGUGACUUGUCCUUUGCAGUUGAUAUUAGGUAUUCAUCUUUAGGAGCACCUGAGAGUGUGUUAUCAGAAGGGCUAUGGCGAAGAGCAUCAGCGGCUGGGGCUUUUACUCCUUUGGAGAGACGAGCUUAUGGAAUAGCAGAUGACAUAUAUGAAGCAGGACUUCUUUUUGCAUACUUGGCAUUUGUUCCUUUUUGCGAGGCAGGGAUUAUUGAUAGCAUUUCCUUGCAAAGACUUUUCGAAAACAUGUUCCAGCUUGACGUUCUUGCAGCAAGAGAGUACUGUUCUGCAGAUGAUCGAUUAUUAGAAGCUGUCAAGUUUCUAGAUCUGGGAGAUGGUGCUGGCUGGGAGUUACUUCAGGCAAUGCUGAACCCUGAUUACCGUCAACGUCCAAUUGCAGAAGCAGUAUUGAAUCAUCGGUUUAUGACAGCUGCUGUCCCAUGAAGAUCAUACAGUUUGUAGCAUUUAAUGACUUUACUAGCAAGGCCAUGCCAUGUAGUUGAUUUAUUCCCUUUGGCUGAGCCAAACGGUUUCUGGAUUUGCCAUGCUUGAGCAAUUUGAGAGUCAUGCUACUAAAUUGCAGACAUGCAAGGGAACCGUGUGCGCUGUGUUAAUUAUGUAGAUUAUGUGUAUAUUAACAAGUAAAGUUAAAUUAAGAAUAAAAGACGUUUAAGCCCUCUUUUUUAGUGGGUUUUUA